CACAAUUAAAUCAAUACACAUAAAGCUAAAUAAACUCCCGGUUUUCUUUCCGUCUCAGUAGACAAGAUGCCACUGAGACAAUACUCGGAUCCUGCUGCCCUUCUAAUAGACGAAGAUUUUCGCCAUUUGUUUAGUCCAAACCUCUUCGUAACGCCUAUGCUAAACGAAACAGUUGCAACGUUUUGAAAGAUCGGUUGUUCAUCUAGCAUAGAUCUUUAGGAUGAGAACACUAUAUAUGCUUAAAACAGCGGAGAAUAUUACGCGACUUUAAGUCUAUCGAAUUUAGGCAUAUUUUGUACUUUGGAAAAGCUCUAAUAGAUAUUGGCGCCGAACAUGAAAAUGGUAAACUGAUCUUUGCUGAAGCAGUCGAGCAUAGGCAUGCGAAAGCUCUGGUAAAGAAUAAGCUGAUUUUAUACCUAAUUUAAGCUAUCGUUAUUGUUGUCACUUGCAUUUGUUUCGCAAAAAUAGCCUAAAUGUACCUGUUUUAGAAGCCUAAUAACAGAUAUUUCUAGUGGCGGGCAGUCGUCUGCUCGAAGUUAGUACUUUUAAGAAUUCCCUCACCCUCAAGAGUCGGGCGAGAGUCAAGAUGUCAACACCAUGAAAGUAUGUUGUUUUCAAAAAACGCAAUGCAGGAACGCCAAAGCAACCAUCUGACGAGUUGCGAGAAGUUACUUAUGAGAUUUUCAGAAUGGUUCCUUAGUGACAAACUGAAUUCCUAAUAAAAAAAUAUAUGUGACCUUACAGGUUGUUCCUUUGUGUGAUUCUUCCACAUGUUGUUUGUGUUUUCUUAACGCCAAAUUGUUAUCGUUCGAAGAGUGCUGUGUGUCGCUGUCAAGAAAGAAGUUCCUGUUCGAUUGCGUUUUCGUGCCUGAACGGCAAUCACGAUGACGGACGUCGAAGUAGAGGAAUUUGGCAUAACUGAAUGGGAUCUGGAAAAUGAAUUUAACCCGAAUCGGGUACGAUACAAGCAGUCAAGAGAAGAUCAAAUCUACGGAGUAUGGGCUGACCACCGAAAUAGUGACGACGACGAAGACGAGAGACCGGCGUUCCGGGGAGCACCGCGAGGUGCUGCGCACGCGAACAUUUCAUUUGUAUCCGGAGGAACCGCCGGAAGCUCCAAUACUGAAGAAAAAGCGACCGAAAAUGACACCAGAGAAGAAAUCGAGAUUAGAAUACCGACAAAGAAGGUUCGCAGCAUGGCUGGCCCGUCAGGAAUAUUCGCAGGCGAACGAAGUGCGCUAGGCUCUACAAUUGGCACUUGGGAAAAGCAUACGAAGGGCAUCGGGGCCAAACUUCUACUUAAAAUGGGAUAUCAGCCAGGAAGAGGUUUAGGAAAGGAACUUCAAGGAAUAUCGGCACCGGUCGAGGCAACACUUCGCAAGGGCAAAGGUGCCAUAGGAGCUUAUGGGCCUGAAAAACCUGCCCAUAAGAUCGCUGAUACAGUAACUGCCAAUGUUGAUGAACUUGAGCUAAAACAAAAACGUGAAGCAAAACAGUGGCGACGCGGCGAGAAAAAGGUAAAAUACGUAUACAAAUCUCUAGAAGAAGUUCAAAAAGAAGGCGCAACUUUUGUCGAUCGGCAGACCGGGCCAAAGGUGAAAGUUAUAGACAUGACGGGACCGGAACAGAGAGUUCUCUCUGGUUAUCAUCAGCUCGCCCAACAUCGACCAGACGAAGAAUCUACCACAAAAGGGCCCCAGGGCAAUUUCAGCCUCCCAGAACUUGAAGACAACCUUGAUAUACUCAUAGAAACUUGCGAGAACGACAUAAAGCGCAAUACGAGUCGAAUAGAAUGCGAAAAAAAUCGCAUCACGAAUCUACGCUUUGAACAAGAACGACUAAUCCAAGAACAGGAUGAGGGUCAAAGUGUCCGAGAUACCCUGAAAAAAUUGCACGAAGCCCUACGCGAGCUGGAGGAUGGCUGCGGAUCUAAUGCUGUGCGUGCCCUUAGCGUUGGAGAAGUAUGCAUGAUUUUCAGAAGGCUAGUCGAGGAGUUUGAGGGUGAGUUCAAUCAGUUUGAACUGUUUGAUCUAGCACCAUUAGUCAUCUUCCCAUUAAUGAAAGACUUUUUAUCGGCAUGGCAGCCUCUUGAAAGGCCUAAUCAUGGCGUUGAGGUGUUUCGGCAAUGGAAAAACAUCUUAGAACGGUCUCACAGGCCUCGCAACGCACCGGAUUAUUUCUACAACCUCAUGUGGGAGGUAUGGUGUCCUCCUGUUCGGCAAUGGAUCUUCCGGUGGUCGGCGCGAAACCCUGAUCCUUUAGUGAACUUGUUGGAAAUUUGGAAGCCGAUCGUUCCUGCCGGCGUAAUGAGUCACCUUUUAGAGCAAAUCAUAUUGCCACGUAUACAGCAGGAAGUAGAGCAGUGGAAUCCGUUGUUAGAUACGGUACCGAUUCACUCAUGGAUCCAUCCUUGGUUGCCAUUAAUGUCAGACUCGCUGGAGCCCGUCUACCAACCUAUUCGAAUGAAGCUUAGUUACGCUCUAACGAAUUGGCAUCCGAGCGACUCAUCUGCUAAACUUAUCCUUGAGCCGUGGGUUGGAGUGAUGCCGAAAGGCUCUCUUGAAGCAUUUAUUGCUACUAAUAUUAUACCAAAGCUAGGUGCCGUUCUGCAAAGUUUUGUCAUUGACCCGCGCAAUCAGGAAUUUGAGCCAUGGCAAUGGUUUACGGCGUGGGGUGAUAUCGCACCAGUGGCCGCCCUGAUCGCCGUCUUGGACAAAUACUUCUUUCCGCAGUUUCAUCAGGUUCUAUUUCAGUGGUUGCAAACGUCUUCGAACUAUGACGAAAUGGCAACGUGGUUCUCCGGCUGGAAAGCCGCUUUUCCCGACCGCGUUUUAUCCGAUAAUCGAGUACGUGAGCAGUUUCGUCUCGCGCUCGAUUUGAUGAAUCGCGCCGUGUCAGGUCAGCCGAUCCAGGCAAUUCGACCUCCUGAAUUCUACCCUCAACCUCCGUCGGUCCAGCAACAGGCCCGAGACAGAUUCGCUGCACCGAUUCCAACAGGACAUAAUCUUAACUUUACGUUUAAGGAAAUGCUGGAACGUCGUGCGCAGGAAAAAGGCGUCUUAUUCAUGCCUAUAGCAAGUCGGAAACAAGAUGGAAAACAGGUGUAUCAGCUAGGGACUGACCGACAGCUCUACCUCGAUCGAAGCGUAAUUUUCGUGUUCAAUGGCCGUACUUGGGUACCGACAUCGAUGGAAAGUUUACUUGACAGUUGUUGAUCAAUUGCAGGCUGCCUUUUGAGUUGAUUUCUAAUAUAGUUGACCAGCACUAUUUUUGAAAGAAACGAAUAACAAUAGACUUUCUCAAAUAAAUAUGGAUCUAUCUACUUGAACCGUACGAAGAUCAUAUUUAUUAAGGCGAUUAAACGCUAUUCUGCUGACGAUUGAUCUUGUAUAUAUUGAAAUUUAAAUAAACUAAUUAAUGAUGUGUAAGUUUGUUUUGCAAAAUAGAUGUAGUUUGUGGUCAUUGAUUUUUCCAAUUUAAAGAUAAUUUUACAAAUAACGGAAUAACCUUUAAUGAUUCCCAUCUGCCUAAGAAAUAUGAUGAUGAUAUGAUAUGAUGUAUCAGCUGAAACGUUCCUCGCAACGAAGUUCUUUUGUUAAUCCCCAUCUGGCUCCGGCUUCUAUCACUAAAAUCGGAGAAUAUUGCUCAAAAUAGUAAUAUAAACUGGAAGCUUUGGGACAAAGUGAAAAUAAUUUCCAGUGUCAGAAUAUUAGGAACGGAAAGGAUGGAAAACGAUGAGGAGCAUCUGCACCACGUACGAAAUUGAUCCGAUUUUCUUGAAAGGCUGAGGC